AUGACUGCCCCUUUUACUCCCUCAUCUUGCAUCAUGUCUCCAAGAAAAAGACAUCUGAUGCCUGUGAGCAACAGAAGAAAAGCAGUUGACGACUACUUCCCUUUCAACUCCCUGCCAGUGGAGUGUCAGCUGCACGUCUUGUCGUUUCUAAAUGAGGUGGAUAAAUGUAGCUGCGCACUGGUUUGCUUCAGCUGGAGCUGCCUGGUCCGCUCGUGGAAGCUGUGGAGGGUUGCUGACUACUCCCGUCGUGGGGUUUUUCAUCUGGGUCAAGAGGGUCUGCUUGUCUCCAACCGUGAGUUUGAGAGAUGGAAGUCCUGGGUCCACCAUUACACCCACCACCUCAUCUCCCGCCGCGCCAGCCUGCUUACACUGAAGGCUAGCUUUGACCUGGGGGAUCGCUCCAAUAAGUGGUGUGAACUGCUUAGUCACCUGUUAGAUAAUGUGCAUUGCAGAGACCUUAGCCACCUAGACCUGAACUGGACCUUUACUCUGCUAGAACCGCUGGAUCUCAGGGUCCAUUCCAGCUCCAGUUCACACCAGGACAGCAUAACUAAAAUGGACCAGGUAAUUUUUGAUCUUAGCCUUUUUGCCAAAUGUAUUAUUACAACAAUAAUACUUUCUGUUCUCAUGUAACUCUCUUACUAACUUGUGAUGAUCCGGAUGGUCUGUGUGCAUUUUAAUUUGCCAGGUCACAAGCUUCCAGGGGCUGCUGACAAAGCUCACCCACAGCUGCCCACGCAUCUCAAAGAUGCGGUUACACUUUGACUGGUCGGAUGUGUCUGUGUCCCUGCUCACUCAGUUUCAGCAGCUCCGAGUCCUCGAGCUUAAAUACUUCUGGGUUUUCAAAGGAGUGACUCCCUCGACCCUGCAGUCACUAACCAGAUCACUGCCCAACCUCAAGUCUUUGACUCUGAACAUUUUGGUGCCUCUGAGAAACCUUGGCAUCUCGUACAUUCUGGAGUCUGAGUCUUUGGAGUUUCUGGAUGUGUCGCCCAGUCGUGGUUUGGUCUUCUCCUGUCUGAAGCUGCCUGCUUUGCGUGAGCUUCGUGCCAAGAAGAUUGUCCGCGGGAUCACGCUGGACAGGAGGACAAGGCUGAGGAUCCAGAGCCGAUGGCCCUGUCUGUACCAUGUGCUGCGAGAGGGGACACCCAAACUUCAGGCCCUUAACAAUGAGAGGCUACUGCCCACAUGGAGAGAGGAGAGCUAUGGGGAGCUGACUGCCAUCCUGGGACAGUCCUGUUACUGCAUUCAGCAUUUAGACAGCUGGCUCUGGUAG